AUGUCAGAAUCAGAACGGCUCCCCUUCACAGCGAUGGGGAUGCCGCUGAGACAUUACCUGGGUACCAUGGCAGCGUCGUUCGGCUCCAUGGCCCUCGGCUCCAUCUGCGUGCACACGUACAUGCAGCCCGAGAUGAACUCGGAGAUGGUUGCCUCAGACUUUGAAAAAGAAGCCCAAGCGAGGAGACAUGCCAUCGAGGAAGUGACAAAGCUUGCCAUGGACGAAAGAUUCGGGCCCGCCGUUGACGGCACCGCCUCGAGGACUGGAAAGCUUUCCAAGUUCAUGCGACAUUGCGAGACCACAUCCGUGCUCACUGUCUCUGGGCUCGGUGCUGCUGCCAUGUCCUACUAUGUGGGUGCCGAGCCGAGAAACCCGGUUCAAUGCGAAAAAUUCUGGCGCAAUCGCAUCGAUGCAGAGGAGGCGGCUACCAUCCUGAGAUCCCAUGCAGAGAUAGCACUGACGGUCCCGCACAGCCUCGGAUUGGAACUCCUCUCUGCUCGAGAGAGAGGCGACGUGGAGGAGUCGGUGCUGCCCGAGCUGCAGAAGGCAAGAGAGCGCUUGGGCACAGGGCGCUCUCAGCGUGUCGGCACCGCGUGCUCAGGCAUCUCAGCGCGUAGCUCGGUUUCCGGAAUGUCAUGCCGGUCAACGGUGCUUUCCGUCGAGCUCGAGAUCGAGCGGGAGCGCCGGCAGGCCGCAGAAAAGGAGCUCGAAGAGCUGCGGAGAAAAUUGGACAGCAUGAACGUUGCUUCCAGCACUGCUUCCCACGGACGAGCUAAAUUGCCGGAGUCAUCCAACACGAGCAAGAGCAGGCGUUCCCGCUGA